AUGUCUGCUUCUGCGGCCGCGUCGCUGCUGAGCCGGCAGCUCCGGGAGAUUCAAGUCAGCCGGGACCUGCCCGGCAUCUCCUGCGGUCUCGUCAACGACGGUAACAUUUUCGAGUGGGACGUGAUGCUCAUGAUCACCGACGACUGCAAGUACUACGGCGGUGAGACUCCUCCCCCCUUCCGCCCCGAUGCUUGCUCCCUCCCUCGUCCAUGCGCUGACGUCGAUGCUCGCGAAUCUGCAGGAGGCAACUUUCGCGCCCGCAUGAUCUUCCCCCCCACGUACCCGCACAUGCCCCCCUCGUUUGCGUUUCAACGUCCGGUACCCUUUCACCCGAACAUCUACCCGACCGGCCAGCUGUGCAUCUCCAUCCUGCACCCGCCCGAGGAGGACGAGUACGGCUACGAGGACGCGUCGGAGCGCUGGUCCCCCGUCCAGUCGCCGGAGACGAUCCUCCUCAGCAUCAUCAGCCUCUUCCACAGCCCCAACGAGGAGAGCCCCGCUAACGUCGAGGCGGCCCGCCUCCUGCGCGAGGAGCGCGAGGGCAAGCACAAGGAGUACAGGUCACGCGUCAGGAAGUGUGUGCGGGAGAGCCUGGGCGAGGACUGA